AUGGGCGUUGAUUGCUCAUCAAAUUCAAGGAUAUAUUCACUCGGUGAAACUACUAUUGUUUAUUUUGCAGGGAAUAAUAUUGUUAUUUAUAAUUGGGAGCUGAAAAAGCAGAAAUUUUUACAAUGCACUGAUAUAUCACGUGGUGCCAUUAAAUGUACAGCGAUUUCUCCAUCAACUCAGAGUGGUCAAGUCUUUUUAUCUUAUACAUUAGAACUAAAUUCAUCGAUUAUUUACAUUGUAGAACUAAAUUCGCUUAAGCAUUAUCGGUCUAUUACAAUUCCGAACUCAACAAUAUCAUUUACCGCUCUCGCUUUUAGUGAAGGCGCACAUUAUUUAGCUGCAUUGGGAAAUACAGAUUCACAACUCUUUAUUUUCGAUGCAUCAAGCGGAUCACUAAUCACUUCCCAGAAAGUUUCGGAAAAUUUAUAUAAUACAAACGUUAAUUUUGUUUCAUUUCAUCCAUAUGAUGAAAAUAUGAUUUGUUGUACUGGUAAGGGAGUUUACAAACUCAUUGAACGUAACAAUAAAGAAUUUGAUUACAAAGAAACUCCACAAUUAGAUCAAUAUAAUAUAAAAGAACAUAUUUUUGCUGGUACUGAUAAUUGCGUUAUUGUAUCUACUGUAGAUGGUCAUCUUUUUAAUCUUGAUUCUCCUGAUACUCCAAUGCAAAUCCAAUUAAAGAAUAAUUCAAACGAGCCUAUUACAAAUCUUACUCCAACACUCAAAGGUUUUGUUUGUAUAACAGGUGGAAAUACUAUUCACUUCUUCGAAAAUCAAUCAGAUUCAAAAAAUUUCAACGAAAUAAAUUCAGUCGUUGUAGAUGAGAACAGCACGAUCAUUUCCUUAACAAUUUCACCAGGAGGAGAUAAUCUAGUAGUUCUUAUGAACGAUGCACGACUUAUUGCAUUAAAACUUGAUAAAACAAAAUCAAAUUUAAAUCCCAACAAAGAAUUCAUUACAAUACUCCCAUCCCAUAACAUUGGUUCUAUUGUUGAUAUGGACACUGCAUCAAGAAAGCAACUUCUAGUUACUUGUGGUGAAGAUCAAUCAAUUCGAGUUUUAAACUACGAUAAAAUGUAUUACGAAGUUGUCCAUUACUGCAAUGAUACACCAUUACUUGUUUCCUUCCAUCCAAAUGGUAAUUUAAUACUUGUAAGCUUCCCAGAAAAAAUUUCUAUUUUUGGAGUUUCAGGAAAUGACUUAAUUGUACAGCAAGAACUCAAUAUAAAAGGCUGUACUAACUUGAGAUUCUCUCAUAGUGGCCAGCACUUUGCUGUGGCUGUCCAAAAUACUGUUUCUGUUUAUUCAUCAAAUUCAUUUAAACUUUCUAUCACAAUUAAGUCCCAAGGACAGAAGAUUUCUUCAUUCUCAUGGUCCACAGACGAUUCUCAUCUCAUAACAUGCGAUGUUAGCGGUCAAAUUGGAAUUUGGGUUGUCAGAUCUGGAAAAUCUCGAACUCCACCAGCCCUCCAACAAAUAAACCACUUUAUUUCCAUUGUUGCAACCGAUCCAACAUGUACUCGUUGCUAUGGAAUCACUUCUCCUGAUUUCACAUUACGAGAAACAGAAGAAACUCAAACAAAGAACUUACUUGAUCUUAAAGAGAACACGAAUCAACUUCUAAUGGGUCCUUCCAACAGAUGUCUCUUUGUUUCAACGGGAAAUGGCUCAAUAAGGACAUAUUAUUUCCAAGCAAACCAAGUUUUCCCUUCUUCCGAUUCCUACAACGAAAUAAAAAUAUGUAGAACUCCUGUAACACGUAUUAUCAGUUCUGGAGAUAACCAGUAUCUCUUUGCAACAGAUGAAGAAGGAGUAAUAACUAUGUUAAAAGUAAUUUGUCCUCAAACAAGAGUCAUUAGAUCAAAAACAGCAAAUACAGGCGGAGUAAGAACACCAAGAUUGUAUCAAACAAGGGAAAUUAAACAGAGUUACAUACAACCAAGUAAUUCUAGGAAUAUUCAAACAUUGCAAUCAAAUGGUGAUUUGAAUCAAACAUCAUUACUUAAGACAUUAUAUAAUUCAUUGAUAGAAAUCAUCAAUAAAUUGUUGGCUCACAAUAAUGCAACAAUUAGUUUUAGAACAGGAAUUUCAGCUCAAGUUCAAGAGAACCAAAGAUUGUUUGGUGCUUUCCUUCAACAAUCAAUCAAACAAUUUAAUACAAGUCCUGUUCUUCAAAGAGGUGUCAAGCCAGGAGAUGUAGCAUCCGGUGGAUUGCAACAAUCCGCAUUUCCUUUCCUCAAAUCGUGGAAAAACUUUGCGAAAUCAUUGAUUGAUAUCCAAAAUUCUGGUCCUGAAGCGAUUCGUAAAACAAUUGACCAGAAUUUUACAUUGAUAUCAACAGCUUUAGAAAGCGUUUCACAGUUUAUCACUGGAAAGAGUACAAUACAUAAUUCUCCAUCAAGAAACAUCAUUGCGAUGAUAAAACAGAAUAAUUUGUUGUUGCAAGAAUCACAUGCAGCUGUUUCUAAUACAAGCGAUUUGGAACAACUGAAAAAUUGUGCGAACAAAGUGAAAUCAUUCUCAAGAUUAUUGAAUGAUUGUUUCGCACAAGAAAUAAGUCAGUUCAACCUUCCAAACAAUGAAAUUGUUAGAAUCAGACAAAGAACAUACACUGCGUGUUGCGAUAUCAUUUCUUCCUUGAAAGGAGCUUAUUUGUUCGAAAUGGAUAUGGGAGCAUUGUUAAAUAAUCUUGAUGAAUUCCAGGAUUGUUUAACAAUUAUGUUGGAAAGAUUAGAUCUUCCAACAACUUACAUUUAUCGUAGAGACAUUCCUCAAAAGAAUGAAGAAGAAACUCGGGAAGUUGUUGAAUUCGAAGAAGCAGAAGAUAUAAACUUUUCCGGUUUUUCAACUGCUUCUUUGCUCGCUCAAUACGGAUUAACAAAUAUCCAAGCAAUCUAUGGAAAUGGUGACAGAUUAACUGAACUUUUGAAUUUACUUGGAAGUCUUGCAAAAAAUACAGAAGAUGAAAACGAAAAUCUCAAAAACAAACAAGUCCAAAUCGAACAAGAUGAUAGAGAUUUGCAAGAAUACAUUCACAGAGAAUCCCAGAAUUUCAUGAAAAAGCAAAAACUGUUGGAACAAGAAAUAACAAGGCUUAAAUCAAUAAUUGAUACUCAAGAAGAUGAAAUAAAUCAAUUAAGAGAUCGGAAAAACGAUAAUGAAUAUAAACAAGCUCUUAGAAACGUCGCAAGGAAACUUGGAGGCGUAAUGAAGGAAGAAGAACUUAAUUUCCCUCCUGAUGAUGACGAUGAUGAUCAAUUGAUUUCAAAAGUUGAUGCUUUAACUGUUUAUGUUGUUGAAAGAAAAUGUCAGAAAUGUAUACAACAUAAAAGAGAAGAAGAAGCAAUGAGAAAGAUAUUAUCUGAUAUUGUUUAUGAUGAUGACAUGUCUUUCAUGGAUAUUAUAAAGCAUGUCAACCAAAAAUUCAUUGACAAAAAUGAAGAAAUCCAAAAAAUGGAAGAAGAAAAACAAAAAUUAUCUGAAAAAAUUGAACAUUUGAUGCAAGCAUUUAGAGAAAUUUUGAAGUUCUAUAGAAGACCAAUUGUUGAUCAAGACAAUAUCUAUAACGAAGCAAUAAAUGCUGCAAUGGAUUUCAGCAAUGAAUUGCAAAGACAACUCGAUAGUUUAUCGAAACUUAAAGAAGAAGAAUUGAAUCAUUUUGCGGAAAAUAUUUCCACGAAAUUCAAACAUUUAGUUGAUAUCAAUAAUCCUAAGGGAACUCCUGUCCAACAAGCAGUGCAAAUCACUGAUUUAGCGUUAGUUGAAAUAGAGAAAGAUAAGAAAGAAAAAGAAAACGCAAACGAGUUGUUGAAAGACGUAAUUCGAAGAGUUUCUCAGUUCUUGAAAGUCGAAAUAAAUAAUAGCCAAGAAGAUGUAAUUAAGAAUAUUAUUGAGGCUUUCGAUAAAUGGGAAAAUCCUUUGAAGAAACCUUUGUUCGAAUCAGAAACACAAAACAAGUUUUUGAUAACAUCAAUUGAAGUUAUUAAUAACAGAUUCAGGGGAGUUUCAAGUGCUGAAGAGAAGAAAACACAGAAAAUGUCUCCACAGAACUUAGUUAACCAGACAAUAAAGAUGCUCGAGAAGUUCCAGGAUGAUGUAGAGAAAAGAAUUACUGAUUUAACAGUUCUUCAACAAAAGAGACAGGAUUUCAGGAUUUGUCUUGAAAAAGUUGAUCAUUUAGCACAUAAAUUCAUUGGCCUUGAAGAUAUCGAUUUGUCUACAUUGAGAGAUGAAGAAUUAUGUGAUAGAUGUGUUACUUUUGUUGAUAAAAUCACAUCUAAUCAAGCAAAUCCUCAAUUUUUGUCUGCAAACGAAUUGAAUGAAAUGUUCACAAGUGUUUAUGAUUUAGUUCCUGUAACAACAAGAAGCGAUCCUCGGAAAUAUAUACCUGAAGUUUGCGCAGCUUUUAUAUCAUUAAACAACACAAUAAUCGCUUUGAAACCAUUUGCAAGUAUUUUGAAUGAAAUAUUUACAACAUUUGAUUGCAAAUUCUCAUCUUACAUUCCUGGAUCUGAGCCUGCAAAGAACUUAAGAAAUCAAAUAAUGAGAUUACACUCAGCUUUGUCACAAAUCCAGCCAUCAAAGAUUAAUUCCUUUGUUUUCUUAAUUGUUUCUAGAUUUAUCACACUUUUGUCUUCUUUCUUAUCUGCUUUAACCGCUUUCUCCUACUCAGAGAAUGAUGAACAAGCAAAGUCGUUCAUGUACGCACUUCAACAAGAAAAUGAGAAGCUUAAUUUACAAUUAAAGCAAAGAAAAACAACCUAA